CCCCCCCCCGCCGCCCCCCUCUCCCCCGCCCGCGCCGUGAGCACCGGCGGCGCGGAGGCGAGAGCCCACUUGCGAGGCGGCACAAGCAGCAUAAGGCAGCGCGGCGGCACCCGAGCACCACCACCGGCACCCCGGCACCGCCACCGGCACACCCCGGCACCGCCACCGGCACCCCGGCACCCGCCACCGGCGACCGAGCACCGGCAAGAGCCCGAGCAGCACCACCGGCACCGGCAGCACCGGGAGAGAUCGGCCACCGGCAGGGAGAUACCGCUGAUAAUAAUUAAUAAAAGAGACAGCCCCCCCCCCCCCCCCCCCCCCCCAGAAAAAAAAAAAAAAAAAAAAAAAAAAAAAAAAAAGGAGGAGAGAAAAGAGAGAGAGAGAGGAGGCAGAGAGCAGCGCCCGGGCGGAGCGGCGGAGAGGAAGAAUUAAAGCGAGCGAAGGAGGGAGGAGAGACAGAGCGGAGAGAGAGAGGAGGAAAGAGGAGGAAAAAAAAAAAGCCCACAAAAACAAAGCGAUCGCAGUUGAUGUUGCUGCCGCAAGCUGGACUUCCCAAAACUACGGCGAGACCGUCCGCGCUCCGCGCCGAGAAAAGUCUCCUCAGCUGUGCGUGCUUUUUUCCGCUGUGUGUGUAAUCUUUAACCUUUUAUUCAUUCUUAUUUUGAUGGCUUUCCUGAAUGGCUGACUGCGAGCUUCCCUGGACCUGGCCCCCCGACACCCGCCUCUCCUCCUUCAACUCCUCUGCUGCAGAUCAGCUCUAAGAGAGAGAGGGGGAGAUCUCCGAAGAGAUUUUUUUUUUUUUCCUCCCUCCUCUCUCUCUCUCUCUCUCUCUCUCUCUCUCUCUCUCUCCCCCUUUUCUCCCCCAACCCCCCCGGCUCUCUCCGCUCUCCUGGAGCCCCGGCCGCCGCCGCGCCGCUCGCCCCCCCCCCGCGCCCGCACCUCCGCCGCCGGCCCCGGGAGCUCCCCCCGCCCCGACCCCGCUGAGAGGGGCAGAAAAAGGAGGAGGAGGAGGAGGAAAAAAAAAAAGGCAACAAAAGAGAGAGUGGGGGAGAAAGAGAGAGAGAGGAGGAGGAGGAAAAAAAAAAAAAACAGACUGCUGCAAAGCUGAGCUGAAAAGCAAAGCAAACAAACUUUGAAAAUAAAGGGGGAACAGGAAGUUUGGAAACGGUGUCCAAUAGAUAUGGCAAUGGUAGUCGGUGCGUGGCGAGACCCCCAGGACGAUGUGCCCGGAGCUCAGGGAACGCAGCCUUCGCAAGCCCCGCCGGUGCAGGGACCCCCGGCCGGGGCCCCGCACACCCCACAGACCCCGGGGCCCGGGGGCCCUCCCAGUACGCCAGCCCAGACCAACCCGCCAAGCCAGCAGAACCAAGGAGACAAACAGCAGCAGCAGCAGCACAUUGAAUGUGUGGUUUGUGGGGACAAGUCUAGUGGCAAACAUUAUGGCCAGUUUACCUGCGAGGGUUGCAAGAGUUUCUUCAAGCGGAGUGUAAGGAGGAAUCUCAGCUACACUUGUCGUGCCAACAGGAACUGUCCCAUUGACCAGCACCACCGCAAUCAGUGUCAGUACUGCCGCCUCAAAAAAUGCCUCAAAGUUGGCAUGAGACGGGAAGUUUCUUCUUUAUUUACUGCAGCGGUCCAGAGGGGCAGAAUGCCACCCACACAGCCAACUCACGGUCAGUUCGCCUUGACAAACGGGGACCCUCUCAACUGCCAUUCCUACCUAUCCGGAUAUAUCUCCCUUCUUCUGAGAGCCGAGCCCUACCCCACCUCCCGCUUUGGCAGUCAGUGCAUGCAACCCAACAACAUCAUGGGCAUCGAGAACAUUUGCGAACUGGCAGCUAGGAUGCUCUUCAGCGCGGUGGAGUGGGCCAGGAAUAUCCCCUUCUUCCCAGACCUGCAGAUCACAGACCAGGUGGCCCUGCUCAGGCUGACCUGGAGCGAGUUGUUUGUGCUCAACGCUGCCCAGUGCUCCAUGCCCCUCCACGUAGCCCCGCUCCUGGCAGCCGCCGGCCUCCACGCUUCGCCCAUGUCUGCUGACCGAGUGGUCGCCUUUAUGGACCACAUACGAAUCUUCCAAGAGCAAGUCGAAAAACUGAAAGCCUUGCAUGUCGACUCCGCAGAAUAUAGCUGUUUAAAGGCCAUAGUCCUCUUCACCUCAGAUGCCUGUGGUCUCUCUGAUGUAGCCCAUGUUGAAAGUUUACAGGAGAAGUCACAGUGUGCUUUGGAAGAGUAUGUUAGGAGCCAGUAUCCCAACCAGCCAACACGAUUCGGGAAGCUAUUACUACGUCUCCCCUCCCUUCGCACUGUCUCCUCUUCUGUCAUAGAGCAAUUGUUUUUCGUCCGUUUGGUAGGUAAAACCCCCAUAGAAACCCUAAUCAGGGAUAUGUUACUGUCUGGCAGCAGUUUUAACUGGCCUUAUAUGUCCAUUCAAUAAAAUAUUCGAGAGAGAGAGAAAAAAAAAUAAUUAAAAAAAAAAUGAGAAGGGAGAUGAAAGAGAGUGAAAGGAAAGCAAAUGACAUUUGGGUUCUGGUUGCUUCUUAAAUUUCCUUCUGCUAAGAAAGGAUGUAAAAGGAUGUUACAAGUUUGCUAAGAGAAGACAGGAAAAAAAUUAAUGGACUGUGAAU